CGAAUGAAUGAUAUGUGGGCGGGGCUGAAAAUAGAGUAACGUAGAGCGACCAAUAGGAAAGGAAAGGUGGGUGGAAAUUGGGGAUCCGGAGAGGCGCAGUUUUCGGACGGAGAGAGUUAAAGCCAAGAUGCCGGUUCACUCCCGGGAAAAGAAGGAAAGUAACCACAAUGAUAUGGAGGUUGACUAUCCGGAAAAUGAGGGCAGUAGCUCCGAAGAGGACGACUUGGAUAGUUCCAGUGGGAGCGAAGAGGGAGACAGCUCGGAGAUGGAUGAUGAAGUCUGUGAAAGACGCCGAAUGGAAUGUUUGGAUGAAAUGUCUAACCUUGAGAGACAGUUUACAGAUCUCAAAGAUCAACUUUACAAGGAGAGGCUGAGCCAAGUGGAUGCCAAACUGCAGGAGGUAAAGGUAGCCAAAGCACCCGAAUAUCUGGAACCCCUUGCAAAUUUACAGGAAAACAUGCAGAUCAGAACUAAAGUAGCAGGAAUAUAUCGUGAGCUGUGCCUAGAGUCUGUGAAGAACAAACAUGACUGUGAAAUUCAAGCAGCACGCCAGCACUGUGAGAGUGAAAAGCUGUUGCUUUAUGACACGGUGCAGAGUGAACUGGAAGAGAAAAUACGUAGACUGGAAGAAGAUCGCCACAGUAUUGAUAUUACCUCUGAACUCUGGAAUGAUGAGCUACAGUCGAGGCGGAAGCGAAAGGACCCGUUCAGCCCUGUUAAGAAGAAAAAGCCUGUUGUAGUGUCUGGUCCAUAUAUAGUUUAUAUGUUACAAGACUUGGAUAUCCUUGAAGAUUGGACAACAAUAAGAAAGGCAAUGGCUUCAUUUGGACCUCACAGGGUAAAACCCGAAGUUACAGUCAAGAUAGAGAAACAUCAGCACAGUGCCAGAUCAGAAGAAGGUCGACUACAUUAUGAUGGAGAGUGGUAUGGUCGAGGACAGACCAUUUGCAUUGACAAAAAAGACGAGUUUCCAACCAGUGCCGUUAUCACGACAAUAAACAGUGACGAGGUCUGGUUUAAGAGGCAAGAUGGCAGCAAAUCAAAACUGUACAUUUCUCAGUUACAGAAAGGAAGAUACAGCAUCAAGCAUAUCUGAUUGUCUGCUUGAUAACCCUCACCUGCUCCAGGCAGCUUCUCGCUCUUGCAACAGGAACGGUGCCAUUUUAUGGAAUUCUAUGUAUUUAACUACCUUCAUUUCUUGUAUUUGCAAGUAUUACUUCAACUGUGUAAGUGAGUGUGUAUUGUGUAAUAUCAUGGCUAGAAGUAUGUGUCUGCUUAUCUGUGUACCUUGUCAAGGUAAUAAUCAGUGUGGAUAUUUAUAUUCUGUUGGGUACAAAGACUGACCUCAUUAAUUGCCAAAACCACAUAAAAAUGGGCAGCCACAGCCAAUGCUCAAUAUAUGUUACACGGCAUUGUGGCUUAAAGGGACACAAAUAGUGCAAUACAGUUUAUAAGAAAUCUGCUCCUGUUGUGACAUGGUAGAAGUUGAAUGAUUAAGUAUAGAGAGGUGGAUAAAGCCAUGUGUUCUGUCCUCUCAAUAGUAUUCUCUCACUAUGGUGUGCAUAUCUGUGGGCUGCAUCCAUGUUUCUUGGAACUGCUGGGAACAUAUUUUAUCUUUAUAUUGUUUUUUUUUUUUUUUAUUAAACCAGGAGCAAAGCCUGAACAUUUAAGAUGUGCCACCACCGCAUGUGAAGAUUUUAUAACUGUGACUAUGACCAUUAUUUUUCUUUCUUGCAUAAGCAUUUGUAUUUUAGCAUUCGUGUGUCUUUGUAUCAAAUUUAUAUCAAAUCAUAUUUUAAAAAUCCAUUUGGAGUGCACACAGUAUUCAAAAGUCUGAGCCAGUGUCUGCUGUGCACCACCAGGGAUUUUUUAUAUGCUGGCAUGUUUGACGUACUUUAUUAAUGGUGUGAAAUAUUGAGGAUUGGGAGACAUUCGCUGACGGUCCCUGCAUCCUCCAGCUCAAACGGAAUCCAGUAUUUAUGAAGUGUUGCAUUUAAAGGGGAACUAAAGUGAAGAUUGAAUAUACUGUAAGCUUCAUCAUACUGAAAUAAGAAACUUUCUAAAUAAUCAUUGACAGUUAGAACCAAUAUAUCUUAUAGGGGAAGCUUCCUUUUCUAGCAGAUGAAUUAGAGCUCACGGAAAUAACCUAUUCCAGUACUGAUUCCAGUACCAACAAAAUCUAACAAAUACUGCCUUUUACACAAAUCCUGCAUGUAGAGAGACACAAUGUCUGGUGAGUUUAAUAGAGUGAUCUCUAAUACAUCUUCUAGGCAAAAGGAGCCUCCCUAUAAGAUAUAUUGGAUCUAACUGUCAAUGAUUAUCAGAUGCCCAACUGCUGCAUGAAGACAGAAUGAAGAGAAACAGAUGCUGAGAGAGGAAUAAGUGAAAAUAAACAUGAUUUUUCAAAAACGGUAUAGAAUUAAUUGAUUUGUAUUAUGAGAACAUGCAUAUCCGGAAAGAAGGAAUGAUCUGUGAAAACCGGAAGCUAUCCUUUUCUCUCAUAUCUUAGCAGUUUAGUAAGAUAUAAAGAUGAAUUUCAAGAUUAAAGAUCAGAUUGUCAUAAUCAACCCUGUAUAAUAGGCAAACCUAAUUUCCUGCUUAAAGGGAUUCUGUCGUGAUUUUUAUGAUGUAGUUUUUAUUUCUAAAUUACACUGCAAAUAAUUCACUCUACAAUAUAAAAUGUCAUUCCUGAA